AUGCAAGACCCUAUUGGAAUUCCUGCUUGCUUCUCCUCUGGCGAUAAGCUUUCCGAUGACCGGGUAGCUGUAACCGGGUCAGGGCAGUGUGUUUUCGUGUCCGUAUACCGGACAAAGAUCGCCGAUCAGUGCCGCUUAAUCUCGAUUACAUGGUGCAAGAAUUUGUUGCUGCAUGGCUUAUCUGUAUCAGUGGAGGGUCCGGAUGGAGAAAGCCAUUACACCUGUAAAGUUCAGCUGAAGCCCUUGUAUUUUUGGAGAAAGCAAGGUUCGAAGCGGUUUAGAGUGGAAGGUAAAGCUGUUGAUAUCUUCUGGGAUCUUAAGGCUGCAAAGUUCAAUGGGGAAAUGCAGCCAAACUCAGGGUACUAUGUUGCAGUUGUCUGCGAUGAAGAGGUUGUGCUUCUUCUUGGGGAUCUGAAGAAUGAUGCCUAUAAGAAGACAGGUUGUAGGCCGGCUCUCAUUGAUCCCAUAUUGGUUUCAAAGAAGGAACACAUAUUUGGUAAGAAAAUCUUUUCUACAAGAGUCAAAUUCCAUGAGAAAGGUAGCCUUCAUGAAAUCUCAAUUGAGUGCAAGAACACUAUUGUUACUGGGAACAUCAGCAAUGGGAACUCUUUGAAUGGGGUUGAGCCAGAGAUGGAGAUUAGAAUUGAUGGGUUUUGGGUCAUUCAUGUCAAACACCUUCAAUGGAAAUUUAGAGGUAAUGAGUCUAUACAUGUCAACAACAUGAGAGUAGAGGUAUAUUGGGAUGUCCAUGACUGGCUCUUUAGUCCUGGUUUAAGGCAUGCAUUGUUUAUUUUCAAGCCAAUUCUGGCAUCCAUAUCUCAAUCAUCUUCAUCAUCACCACCACUAUCUUCAUUGACAUCAACACCAUUGUCGUGUCAGACAGAGAUUUCUGGGUCAUUAGAAGGGUUCAACACAAGUGGGCCAUCUGAGUUCUGUUUGUUUCUUUAUGCUUGGAAGACUGAAUGA